AUGAAAUUAAUUUUAUCCGCUUUUCUACUAUUAUUUGCAUUAAUAAGUCGAUUAGUUGUUAUACAUAAUGGAAAAAUUGGCGAGAAAGAAGUAGUUGUUUCAAUACCUGUAAAUGAAUGCUAUCGUCAUGUGACAGAUCCUUAUACUUAUCCUCGUGAUUUUACUGUUAGGUUAAAACAAAGAUCGAUUGACUUAAAGUUACACAUCGAAAACUUACGUUUUAUAUUGAUCAUUUCAGGUACUAUGUCAUAUGUUGCACAAAUAUUAUCUGUUGAACCAAAUAUUAGAUUCAGCUUUAUCCUAGACGAUUGGUUAGAGACAAGGUUUGAUUUUACGCUCACUUCUAUAGACGAAGAGAAAUCUAGAAUGAAAGUAACUAUUAGUUCAAAUAAAGAUAAUAUAUUUUACAAGCAUAUAAUUCUACCAAUUGCUCAUUUAUAUUAUUCUAAUUGGUUGACUCAAUGUCUUCUGCGUUUUCAAUUAACAUAUUCUUAAUGCAUACAUAGUACAUAGAUCAUAUGAAAUUGGAAUGAAUGAAUAUGUACAUCGUACUUGGUAAAACAAACAAGAUAAUUGAUUUUUGCUUUUAAACAGACAUUCAACAUUCAAUAUUCAACUUUCAACUACAAGAUAGGGCAUCAUUAUAAAAUAAUGACAUUGAUGAUAUUAAGUGCCUGAAUAAGAUGUAUAGGAAAUGUGGUUUUUAUUGUUGCACAAUAAUUUCAUUUGUUUGUUUUGUUUGUAUUGAAC